AUGGCUUCUUCUGUCAACAAUUUUGUCAUCUUGGAUCAGACAUUGAUCAUGUUUGACGUCGAGCAAGUGGAGAACGCCUCACAAACGAUCACGAUUCGACGUCAUCCCGAUUGCAGGGUGCCAGUGUGUUGGCGUCUUUUGACGAAUGGGCCGACUCGUUACAUGGUUGCACCAAAUGGCGGCAUCAUCAACAAUAGCAAUCCUCUACAGAUCCGAAUCGAGCUCUUGGAGAACAAGUAUGACCCCCGCCACAUCAUGCACAUUCAGGCGAUCGAAGCGCGGGAAAUCAAGGAUUUUCAAGUGUUAUGGGCUGCACUUCCAGAUCCAAGCCAAAUUCAGAAGAUCACCCUCGAGUUAAGCACGACCGUUCUCAGUCUGGAUCGAGCUGUGGCUCUUGGUGAAGAAGCUGCUCUUUCGAAAUCGGCUUCUUUAACGGACAUGCUGAGCGCUAGCAACUUGAUGGGAGAAGCACGCCUUAAAGAACUUCAACAAAUUCAUGCAUGCAUUGAGGCUGACACCGAACGAAUCAAGUCUGAUUGCGAGGAGAUGGAGCGUCUCAAGGCCGCUCUAAUACAGAAAGUCGAUGAACAGCGAGCCAUGGUGCAAGCCUUGCAGAAGCAAUUGGAGAAAGCCGAGGAGACUUCACAAAGACUUCAGAAGGAAGAAGCCGACGCCAACGAUGUGGAGGUGCAAGAGAAGCCUCGGUUCAUGUCUUGCGUCUGCUCA